UAAUAUUAAAAAUCUCAUAGCUGGAUGUUGUGGACUAAUCGCUUGGGAGAAAUUUGCUAUUUUGUACAUCAGAGAUUCAUGUAGCGUAACUGUUAAAUUAUGAUAACAGUAAUUUCUGACUUAUAAACUUGCCAAUAUUUCAGAAUAUAUUUCUCUUGCACAGUUGAAUUGACUGUUCUUUUCAAGAAUUUUCCUCGAGGAUCGAGGGGUUAAGAAAGUAACCUCAACAACUCCAAGGAAUUAUAAUACAUGAAGCCAACAACGUUUUAGGAGUUUGCUUCAGAGUUCAGAAUCAAAUCAAGAAUAUCAAAAUGAAAAAAGUCUUGGAGAUAGGCCAUUUUGCUCAGGUUUUUAUUUAGCAUAAAAGCUUCAACGAGUACUUUUUUUUUUCUUUCCAGAUUUGCUUCAAUAGGGUUCAUCGUAAUUCCCUCGUUCUCUUCCAACAGCUGUUUGAGAUACACAUUACUGUGUAUUUCUGCCUUUUUCUACUCAAGUUUCAUAAAUUUCGUUCUGGGUAUAUUAAGAUAUGAAUUUUUUUUCCCCGUUGAUUUUUGCAACAAGUUGAAAAUAAACAUUGAAAUAUAUGUAUGUGGUUCUUUCUUUUGAAGAUCUUUAUGUUUGUGGCACAUAUUGAAUUUGGUUUGCUCUUCUAGUUCUUAUAAAAUUGGUUGGGGAUUAUUUAGGGUUUCUUUAGUUUUAGCUUAAAUUUUGUUUGAUUGAGCAAAAGGGGUGUGAAAUUUAGUCUAGUAUUUGUAUUUGGAUUUGUGAGAUUUCUUGAUUUUGGGAAGGUUGGAUGAUAUGGUAGACUAUAAACCUACCAUCUCAGAGAUGGAAACAGAAGAAGAAAUGAUUGCUGCUGCGAAGCAAAUUGUGAAGGCUCUUGAAAUGAACAAGAAUUUGACAGAUGAUGCUAAGAAAAUUUUGGCGAAUCUAGGCAUGCAGUUGUGUGAUAUAACUAGAGAGAAUGAACACAAAGAUGAGAGUGUUCAAGGAAAGGAGGGACUUAAUGAGAUUGAGAGGCAGCUUAAUUUGAUACAGGAUAAGGUUUUGCAUUGGGAGAGGGAUCAGUCGAUUAUAUGGGCGUGUGGCCAGAAAGAAACUUAUGAGUAUUUGAAGGCUGUGGAUGAAGCUCGAAAGUUGACUGAGAGUUUGGAGAGUUUGAGCCUAAAUAAUGAUAGUGAAGACGCGACACUUCUACAUAGGGCUCAUGAUGUUCUACAGAUGGCGAUGGCAAGGCUAGAAGAGGAGUUUAGGCACUUGCUUGUUCAGAAUAGGCUGCCUUUUGAACCGGAGCAUAUGUCUUUUCGUUCGAGUGAAGAUGAUAUUAUGGAGGCAGGGUCCGUAAUCUCGUCCGGGGAUGAUUCACUUGAAGAUGUAGUUCAAAGAGAUAGUAUAAGCCGAGGUUCAGGGGAAUACAUCAUCGAAUUGGUACAUCCAGAUGUGAUUCCGGAUCUAAAAAGUAUUGCCAAUUUGAUGUUUGACUCAAAUUAUGGUCGGGAAUGUUCUCAGGCAUUUAUUAGUAUCCAAAAAGAAGCUUUAGAUGAUUGCAUUUACAUCCUUGAAGUGGAGAAAUUGAGCAUUGAGGAUGUGCUUAAGAUGGAAUGGAAAACAUUGAACUCCAAAAUCAGGAGAUGGAUUGGGGCUAUGAAGAUUUUUGUGCGGGUAUACCUUGCAAGUGAGAAAUUGCUGAGUGAAAAGAUUUUCGGAGAUCUUGAAUCAGUUGGUUCAGUUUGUUUUGUUGAGUCAUCAAAAACUGCAAUUCUGCAACUUCUGAAUUUCGGUGAAGCCAUAGCCAUUGGCCCCCAUAAACCGGAAAAGUUGAUUCGAAUUCUUGACAUGUAUGAGGUGCUUGCUGUUCUUAUUCCCGAUAUCGAUACUUUAUACUCAGAUGACACAGGAUCUUGUGUUAGAAUUGAAUACCUAGACAUCUUAAGGAGAUUGGGAGAUUGUGCAAAAGCAACUUUUCUCGAAUUUGAGAAUGCUGUCGCCUCUAAUGUAUCGACUAACCCUUUCCCAGGUGGUGGUGUCCAUCAUCUCACUAAGUAUGUCAUGAAUUACAUCAAGACUCUUGCUGACUAUCAGGAGACCCUUGACGUGAUCUUCAAGGACCAUGAGAGAGAGGAUCCCUUUUCAGUUUCCCUCGACAUGAGUCCAAUCAGUGAUGAGGAGAAUAUUGAAGGAAGCUCCUUGGUUUCUCCAAUGGCUCAACACAUCCAAUCGCUCACUGCGAUUCUUGAAUGCAACCUUGAAGGCAAAUCUAAACUAUACAGAGAUGAUUCCCUACAGCACGUUUUCUUGAUGAACAAUAUACAUUACAUGGCUGAAAGGGUGAAAGGUUCCAAACUCAGAACAUUACUAGGCGAUGGGUGGAUUCGGAAGCACAAUUGGAAAUUUCAACAACAUGAAAUGAAUUAUGAGAGAGCUACUUGGAGCUCGAUACUGUCUUUACUCAAGGAUGAAGGGAUUCAAAAUCCAGGUUCAAAUUCUAUUUCAAGGACAAUUCUCAAGGAAAGGCUGCAGAGCUUUUAUCUUGCAUUUGAGGAGGUUUACAAGAACCAGACGGGAUGGUCAAUCCCGGAUAGCCAGCUUCGAGACGAUCUUCAUAUUUCAACAUCACUCAAGGUAAUCCAGGCUUAUCGGACUUUUGUUGGAAGACACAUCAAUCAUAUUAGCGAAAGGCACAUUAAAUACACGGCUGAUGAUUUAGAAGACCAUCUCUUAGAUCUUUUUGAGGGAUCCCAAAAAUCAUUGCAUGGUGGUCAUAAGAAGUGAUAUUGAAAACAGUGUUGUGUUAGAUUAAGGGAUACUCUACCAACAUGGUAUUGAGAUUUUUAUUUUUAUUUUUUAAUUUUUUUAAUUUUUUUCUGUUUUAAACAAUCUGCCUGCUUUUUGGAAUCUGUAUUAUAAGUGGUCGAAAGAACGCCAUAUUUUUUUAAACUUGUAUUCAUGUGUUUUGCUAAUAGGAAUUUGAAAUUUUGAGCGUCUCACGACGUUACAAAAUUGUUCCUCUGUUUGUUAA